UAAACUCAAAAACUACAACGUAGUAACCUUGUGAGUUGCGGUUCCCACUAGUUUUGGACACGCAAGUUUUUUCACUCCUGGUGCAGUAGACUGAUUUCUGUAGACAGUGUAUUUCGUAUAGACGACGUUUCUAUAAAACAUUACCGUGAAAACCUUCGGGCUACGUGUGCGUUCACUAUUGAGAUAAUACGCUGAUAAUUUCGAUUCCUACUUGUUCGACGAGCGCUUUGCGCGCGUUUAUGCCCACAUACAAUAAUGGCAAUCUCGUACUUUCGCUUAUUCGCUGCGCGUUUGCUGCCAGAAACGAUUCAGAUUCGAGCGCGAACUAUGUCGGCCGACACCCCUGAAACGCCGAUAAUCCCGCUGAAGGAAGCACGCAGGUUUAUAGUCGAAUGCCUGGAGGCCGUCGGGACGCCACGGAUACAUGCAUCGCUUCAAGCCGAUCUUCUCGUCGAGGCGGACUAUCGAGGACAUUACAGCCACGGAAUGAAUCGAUUACAAAUAUACAUUGACGAUAUCAACGCUAAGACAUGUGAUCCCAAAGCAGUUCCAAAAAUUUUACAAGAAACGCCCGCAACAGCAUGGGUCGACGGACAAAACGCCUUAGGUGCUGUGGUCGGUAAUUUUUGUAUGGAAGCAGCUAUCAAGAAGGCUAAAACUGUAGGUGUAGGGUGGGUUUGUGCUAAAGGGUCCAAUCAUUAUGGAAUUGCGGGUAUGUACGCAUUGCAAGCAAUGCGACAGGGAUUAUUAGGGAUGAGUUUUACGAACUCUUCACCAUUCAUGUGUCCUACACGUGGCAAGCAGGCGGCCUUGGGUACCAAUCCGAUAUGCUUGGCGGCGCCGGCGAAAGGCGACGAUAACUUUAUUUUGGAUAUGGCUACUACUGCCGUCGCAGUAGGAAAGAUUGAAAUUCAAAGGCGAAAAGAAGCGCUCAUUCCAGAAGGAUGGGCACAAGAUAGCGAGGGGAAAAUUACCACAGAUCCGGAUGUUGCGUACGAAACUGGAUUGUUGAUGCCAUUAGGAGGGCCUGAGAUCAAUUCGGGUUAUAAAGGUUUCGGCCUUGGAAUGCUAGUAGAAAUAUUCUGUGGAAUUUUGGGAGGUGCAAAUUAUGGGUCCAACAUAAGGAAAUGGGGAAAUGCCACAGAAGUGGCAAAUUUGGGCCAAUGUUUCAUAGCAGUCGAUCCUAAUUGCUUCGCGCCGGGGUUCGAGGAUAGAAUGAGCGACUUAAUGGGAAAUAUACGUAAUUGCGAACCGGCGGAUCCAUCCAUACCUGUCCUCGUCCCAGGAGAUCCUGAAAGAAAUCACAUGAACUUUGUCGAUUCAGUUGGUGGAGUUCGAUAUGUAAAAAAUCAAAUGAAUACUUGUAAGCAACUGGCUGAAGAGUUACACGUUAAACCUUUACAUCCUUAAAUAAAUUGGUUAUAGUUUU